ACAUUGGAGCCGGGACUGCCAGGGGUGCGGCAGCAGGACAGAGAGGAGUGGUCAGUGCCAGCGCAGCAGCCACAGAGCACCUGGGUGAGGGCAUGGCCAGGAUGCUGGAGGGCCCGGUGCCGGAGGAGUCGGAGCACAGGUCCCAAGGGCCGUGCGCUGGGUCUUGCCACGCGCAGCGCCUUCUGCAGACCCUCAAUGCGUACCGACUGAGUGGCACCUUCACCGACGUGGUGCUGCGCGCCGGUGGCCGAGACUUCCCGUGCCACCGCGCGGCACUCAGCGCGGGCAGCGCCUACUUCCGCAGCCUGUUCGCCGCGGGGCGGCCGGAGCGCGGCCUGGCCGUAGUGCCCGUGGCGCCCGUGGCCUCGGAAGCGCCGGGCGCGGGGCCGGGCGUGGCGGCGGCGGCUCUGGCCGUGGUGCUUGACUACGUGUACGGGGCGGGCGUGCGGCUGCGCGCUGAGGACGAGGCGGCCGCCGUGCUGGCGCUCGCCGAGCGGCUGGGCGUGGCGGGCCUGCGCGAGGCCUGCGCCAGCUUCCUCGAGGGUCGCCUGCGCGCCGCCAACAGCCUGGCGCUGCGUCGCGUGGCCGCCGCCUUCUCGCUCGCCUCGCUGGCCGAGCGCUGCGGCCGCGUGCUGCGCCAGGCCUUCGUCGAGGUGGCGCGCCACGCCGACUUCCUGGAGCUGGCGCCCGACGAGGUGGCGGCGCUGCUGGCCGACCCGGCGCUGGGCGUGGCACGCGAGGAGGCCGUGUUCGAGGCGGCCAUGCGCUGGGUGCGCCACGACGCGCCGGCCCGCCGCGGGCAGCUGCGGCGCCUGCUGGAGCACGUGCGGCUGCCCCUGCUGGCGCCUGCCUACUUCCUGGAGAAGGUGGAGGCCGACGAGCUGCUGCAGGCCAACCGCGAGUGCCGCCCGCUGCUGCUCGAGGCCCGCGCCUGCUUCAUCCUCGGCCCCGAAGCUGGUGCGCUGCGGGCCCGGCCGCGGAGAUUCAUGGACCUAGCUGAAGUGAUCGUGGUCAUCGGCGGUUGUGACCGCAAGGGGCUCCUGAAGCUGCCCUUCACUGAUGCCUACCAUCCAGAGAGCCGGCGCUGGACCCCACUGCCCAGCCUCCCAGGAUACAUGCGCUCAGAGUUCGCCGCCUGUGCUCUGCGCAAUGACAUCUAUGUUUCCGGAGGCCACAUCAACAGCCAUGACGUUUGGAUGUUUAGCUCCCCUCUGCACACCUGGAUCAAGGUGGCCUCGCUGCUCAAGGGCAGGUGGAGACAUAAGAUGGCAGUCAUGCAGGGGCAGCUGUUCGCGGUGGGCGGCUUUGAUGGCCUUCGGCGCCUGCGCAGCGUAGAACGCUAUGACCCCUUCUCCAACACCUGGGUGGCAGCAACACCUCUCCCAGAGGCUGUGAGCUCAGCUGCAGUGGUGGCCUGCGCCGGCAGGAUCUACGUAAUCGGGGGCGCCGGGCAGGACGGUGUCAGCAUCAACAAGGUACAGUGCUUUGACCCUGAGGAGGACCGGUGGAGCCUGCGAUCACCGGCACCCUUCUCACAGUGCUGUCUCGAGGCUGUCUCCCUUGAGGGCACCAUCUAUGUGGUUGGAGGCCUCAUGAGCAAAAUCUUCACUUAUGACCCUGGCACAGAUGUCUGGGGGGAGGCAGCUGUCCUCCCCAGCCCUGUGGAGAGCUGUGGCUUGACUGCGUGUGAUGGGAAGGUCCACAUCCUUGGUGGGCGGGAUGAUCUUGGGGAGAGCACCGACAAGGUCUUCACCUUUGAUCCCAGCAGUGGGCAGGUGGAGGCCCAGCCAUCCCUACAGCGCUGUACCAGCUCCCAUGGUUGCAUCACCAUCAUUCAGAGCCUGAGCAGGUGACACAGACUUGAACAGCCUGAGCCAGGAAACAGAGAAAGGAAGGAGAACUUGGGUUCACCACUGCUCCCCUCAUGGCUCCUCCAUGUAAAUAGCCCCUUAACUUAUUGCUGCCCUCCCUUCUCAUAGAAAUAAAACCUUCAAAGGUUGGGUCUGUGUUCCAGCUCAAGCCUUCUUUGCCUGGAGAAGUAAUGCCCAACAUCUACUCCCUGAAUUGACUCUUUACAAAGCACCUUCAUAUAUCCACCUUCAUGAUGGCAGUAUGGACAUAUUAAAAAAAAUUA